AGAUCGGUUCAGUUAAUAUAAAUACGGAAACGUUUUCACCAAAGUAACUUUACUAUUGAAAAUUGUCAAUACUUUCAUUACGAAACUUUUUUUUUGUUAUGUCCAAAAUUUCACCUACAAAAUAUUAGUUAUGAUCUUAUGGUCACCAGUUAUCAUUUUCUCACUUACAGUUAACUUAAUUAUAGUUAAUCAAGUUUCUUCAGAGCCUCUUAACAAUUUACCAUGGAAAUUUGGCCAAGGGGAUUGGAUUAUCAAUGCUACACUUACUCGAGAUUUUUCUGAUGAAAGGUAUUCAAUGGUGGAAUAUAUUCAUUCAGAUUCUGAUGGAGUUCGAGGUAAAAUUAUGAUAACUCCCGUUUCUGGAAAAAGUUCAGUUGAAGUUUUUUACUCGAGCUCUUUCAAGGAGCAACGAUUGGUUAUCAGUGAUAAUAAGUGUGAGGUUUACACUUUCUCUAAUUUUUGGUCUAAAUCACUUUUCGAUUUGACUGCAAUGAGAUCGUUACAAAAUCAUCUACUUCUAACUGGACCUUCAAUUCUGUUGCGAUUGAAUAGUAAAAAUUUAUUCUGGAAUCAAGGACCAGAUACUAUGAUUCGAGGUAUUAAUGUUCAGUCUGUGAAUACAACAUUGGACAGAGAGCUGAACAUUAUUUACUACAAUAAGAAUUCUCAUGUUGAUGGUGGAUUAUUGGAAGCAAUUAGAUUGAAAUUUCUUGGUUAUGAUCCUGGAACUCAAGUAACGACUUAUGCAGAGGGUCUUCAUUUCGAUAUCUAUUCAUUUUCUACCACCACUGAUCUGAGUAAAUUUGUUACUGUUACUACAGGAGUUGGUUGUCCUUCUUACCUGGUUGAUAGAAAGGUCAGUUCUUACCUUUAUCUUCCUCAUAUUAUGGGAGCAAAUAUACAUUAUAUUGCUAAGGAAACGAUAGAUGGACCAACGAAAUCAAUAACGAUGAACGAGGUUUAUCUGUCCUCAAAAUAUCAAAUAGCUCGUUUGAAAUCCAAAGGUCAGGGUAUUACCACUGAAUCAAUUUACGAUUACAAUUUGGGAAUUGCUUACACCUCGAAAAAAGAGGGAGAAUGUUCAAUAUCUGCUAUCGAUUCAAAAAGCUUCGGCAUUACCGCAAAUGGCCAUUUCUCAACCUACCAGCCCUUCAAUAUGGAGGAUUAUCAUUACAUGUAUGUUGGAAAAGUCGAUUAUGAAAGAAAGCCUGGCUUAACUGUAGACGUUUGGGAAGUGGUCAACUACGAUUAUGUUAUGAAUGGAAUUAAAUAUGAUCGAGUUGUUAUCACUCAAUAUUUCAGUCCACAAGCUGAUUCUAGAUUGUUCAAUGAUAACAUUUUAAUGGGAACCACGAUAAAAACUUAUAACAAAAUUACAAAUGAAUCUUAUCAACUCAUUGAAACCACUACUAGAGAUUAUUAUGAUUCGGAGGUUGUCGAUGAAUAUGACCUCCGUCUAAAAGUCGAGGAUUGUUAUCCUAAUGCUGAUGAACGAAAAUUGAUCGCCUUACAUUUCAAAUGUGUGAAAAGUUCUGACUGUCAGAAAGUAGCUCGAGAUGAAUAUCACCAAAUUCAAGAGAAAAUCAGACAUUCUAUCAAUAAUUUGGGAAUUUCAGUUGCUCGUAUUAUUUAUAUUGACAUUGUCUUCAAUGGCGAUGAGAUUAUCGCUUAUACCGAAUUCAUGAAAAUUCCAGAUAUAAAACUUAGUCUACAGUCUCAAUCUCUCAAGAUCGAUAGAAGUACUUUUUCAAAGGUAAAAAUGGUCAAUGCCAAUUCGGAAGAAGAUUGUCUAGAACGACAAGUAGCUGGACUUUCGAGACUUGAAGCAAUAAUCUAUUCUGAUCAUGUUGGUGAAAAUUCUUGCGGUCGAGUCGAGUCAAAAAGCUCCAUAAAAGAAGACAAAAAGAAUGGAAAUUCUUUCAAUGUAUAUGAUGUAUCUUUAUCCAAGCUCAUGAAUUAUAAUCGAGAGAUACCUCUGGAUAAAUUGGAAGAGAAUUUGAAUCGAGCAAGAAUAUCUUUUACUCUUGACGGAGAACCGAUUACUUAUAUGAUGGAAAAAGCGAUUGAUAUGAGUACCUCUGAAUAUCUGGAAGGUUCUCCAUAUGAACUAAUCGAUAACGGUGGUAAACUGAUUGCUGAUAAUAUUAAUGUUCUUAUGGUGAACGAAGUGAAUAACUUUGGUGACUGUUAUCGUGCUUGUGCUCAUUCAGAAGAAAAUUCUUGUGAGACAUUCAGUUUCUGCCAAUAUUCAGAUAAACCAACUUGUUUAACAUCAAAUUCACUCUAUUCCGAUUUAUCGGCCAUAGUAACUCAAGAUAAUUCUUGUAAAACUUUGCGAAAGAAUCGCUUAUUAGAUUAUGCCAAGGUACCUUCACGGCGAUAUAAGCAUCCAACAUCGAUCGCUACUGAUAAUUGGGUUGAGGAUUGUGCGUCUGCCUGUAGCUCAUCUGAUGAGUGUUUCUCAUUCCAACAUUGCAGUGGCUCGUGUACCUUUGGUGGUUAUUACACAGAUUCGUCCUCUGAAAAGAGUGACGAUUGUGAUAUUUACAUACCUAAAGUCUCACAACAGUACAAAUUAACAGGACGGAAAAUUGUUUCUGAAACUUUUCAUACAGAAUUGAAUCUUGAUUAUGCUCAAUGUGCUUCUCUUUGCGCUGGAUGGACUAAUGGAGAUGAAGUUUGUGUCUCAUUUAAUUUCUGCCCGAAAAGCUCAUCGACUACAAGUACUUGCAGUUUAACAAAAUAUUCAAUCUCCGAUCCAACGACAGAAUCUAUCAAAUCAAAUACUUGCCAAAACUAUGAAUUCAAUAUUGAAGAUCUCAUGAAAGCCAAACAAAAAUCAAGUUCAUACAAAGUGAUCUCAACUUCGGGUACGAGUGGUAAAGGUGCUUUUGGAAUAGUUAUUUUAUUCGUGAUGAUCGGUCUAAUUGCUGGACUAAUUACUCCAAUGACUGUGAUGAAAAUCAAUAAUAUCUGGAGGACGAUGAGAGCAGCUAAUCAAGAAAGUACAUUUAAUUGGUCAAGAUAUGAAAAUGAUGAGGAUGAUCAACAAUCAGCAUUAAUUAUUAUCAUGUCAACGAGUAAUUUACCUCCGAUGUUAUUGGCUCGUCUUCAAAGGAGAGGAAUCCUUUCUAGCUCUGGAACCAUCAGAGCAAAGGAACAAGAGCCUGAGGAAGAAGUGAUUGCUGAAGAUUAUGAUGACCCGAGUCUCUUGAAGGGAAAUAGCAAAGAAAUGGCUCCUGGAUGCCCGAACAAGUAUAAUAUUUAUCAUGACUGUUCUGAUUACUGUUUCAAGAUGUGGGGUCAAGGUGAACCUAAUCCACUGCCAAACAUUGAAAGGAAAUACAAUUCAUUGAUUAAAAAGUAUCCAUUACCAUCUAAUUGGCAAAAAGUUUGGGAACCAGGGCUACUAAGAUAUUACUUUUGGAACACAAUUAGUGAUGAAGUCUCUUGGUAUCCACCGAGUCAUCCUGAAGCUAAAUUAUCUCUUUCUGUUCCUAAAUUGAAAAUACAAUUAAAGGAAGAAGAACAAGUAUUGAAAAGUAUGGAUUCAGAUGGUGGUGAUGAUGAUGACGAUGGUUCAUCAGAUGAUUCAAAUGAUACAGAAUCAGAUAUGAGCUCAUAUGAUUCAAUGGAAUCAGAUGAUGAACCAAGAAAGAAACAGAAAACAUCAAGAUGUUCACCAACAUCAAAUCGCCACCGAGGAGGUCGAUCUAAAAAUGUACGAAAUGAUCUUGACCCAAUGGAUCCUGCAUCUUAUUCUGAAUCAUGUCCACGAGGUAAAUGGUCCGAUGGUCUAGAAACGAAAUCGCGAUCUACCGAUGAACCAACAGUCUCAAGUAAUACAUCGAAUCAAAAAAGAUCACAUCUUAAUCAAAGCUCCGCUCGCAAGAAAAAAUCCGUCAGUGUCCUGAUGUUAACAGUAAAUGUGAUAAAUCCGAUAAACAAUUUAGUAAAAAUGUCUUGUUACCGUCGUCAAGUCCUCUCAUUGUAUAGAGAGUUGAUUAGUUUAUCUAAAACAUGGGAACCAAUUGCAAUUGAAGAAACUCAAGCUCAACGUGAUUAUAUUGCUAAUGAGACUCGAAAAUUGUUCCGAUUAAAUAAAAGUUUAACUAAUGAUGAAAUGAUCAAGGAGAAAUUAGAAUCAGCCAGAAAACGUAUUGAGAUCGCUAAACAUUAUUUGAAUGCUUAUGAGAGGCCAGUUUAUUAUCCAACUGGUUACAAUCUUAAAACUGUUUUGACAAUUCUUUUGUUUAUUGCUGAAUAUUGUGAUAUGGUUGGGAAGAAAUUAACUAUGGAAUCCAAUCUAGAAUUAACUGUGCCCCAUUUUUCAGAUUUUACCAUUGAUGCCAAUAACCUGGAAGAAGGUGCUUUAAGUUUGGUUAAGAAAUUACGACCUCAUUGGGAUUUAUCAACCAUUAAGAUGAAACAUUUUACCGAUGGUAUAACCAACCGGCUUGUUGGAUGUUUCCCAGGAGAUUUUGAUCCGGUUAAAGGUGAUGAUGAAGAUGAUGUUAUACUUAUUCGUGUUUAUGGUCAAAAUACGGAAGCAUUUAUUGAUCGGCGUAAAGAGAUUGCCAAUAUGGUUCUAAUUUAUCAGAAUGGUCUAAGUCCACCGGUUUUCUGCUCUUUUUCCAAUGGAAUGGCCUAUGGUUACUCUUCAGGAUCAACUGUUGAUGCGAAUAUGGUUCGAGACGAGUAUAUAUAUAAUCUGAUUACCGCUCAACUGGUUAAACUACAUUCAAUUGUUUGUAAACAAAAUUGUUCAUCAAACUCAAGAGUUACCAUCAAUGAAGAUGAAACAAAUGAUAACAACAACAACAACGAUAAUAAUAACAAUAGAAUCCACUCGAAAGAUUCCUGCCUUUUCAAGAUGUUACGUCGAUAUUUGGAUUUAAUUUCCGUUGCAUUGAGACCCAAUGAUCCAGUUGAUAACUUUUUAACCGGUGAAAAUUUAACCUUAGAUGAUCUUUACAAAGAAGCGGACAGAUUGAAAGAUCAUUUGGAAUCUAUUGGUUCACCAUUGGUUUUCUGUCAUAAUGAUUUACUGUUUAACAAUAUAAUUUACAAUGAAAGUAAAUCAACGAUUAGUUUUAUCGAUUUUGAAUAUGCUGGUAUCAAUUAUCAAGCGUUUGACAUUGCCAAUCAUUUUAACGAGUUUUCUGGUGUCGAAACAUAUGAUCCUGAAAUGUAUCCAUCGAAAGAGUUUCAACUUAAAUGGUUAUCCUGUUAUUUGUCCCAUUGGGAUCAAUUGGUUUCAAAUGGACGAUUGGAUGGUGGUGAUGAUGAUGAUGAUGAUAGAAGACAAUUUAACCUCAGGGUAGAAGAGCUUUACUAUCAAGUUAACCAAUUUUCUCUUUUAUCCAAUCUUUGCUGGGGAAUUUGGGCUCUUCUACAGGCUCUUAAUUCAACAAUUGAUUUCGAGUUCAUUGAUUCUUACGGAGGACCAAGAAUCAAAGAAUAUUUUAAAAAAAGAGAUUCUAUUUUAAGCCUUUCAUCUCCCACAAAGAAGAUAAUCUCAUGAUAAUUCUGAUUAAUAUGAUGAUGUUGUACAUUCCCAAUCGUAAUCACGACCAAGUAACAACCCAAACACUUACCCACCCACCACAACCACCACAACAACAACAUUGUGAGAUCUAUUUUCAUGAUGAUAAUCAUAAGAUGCCUGAUGCUUAAUCCUUAAAAAUUAAAUCUCAAAGAGAUGUUUAAAUUUCUUAAAAAAAAGUCAACUAGAUUAGUUAAUCAUUUUCAAAUGUUAAUUAUUCUCUCAUUAUCGGAUUUGUCUCGAUACUAAACAAAGAAACACCAACAGAUUAUUAUUACAACUCAUUGAGGAAAAACAAUUGUCCAGAGAAAUGGAAAUUUUUAAUUGUAAUUAACUUUUUCUCUGAAUAAAUUUUCUCCAAUUAUUUUACCUCUUUGAUCAAUCAA